CCCCACCAUUCCUCCCGAAGGUAUAAGAGACCGCGAUGUGGGCGGAGUGCAGCAUUCUCUGUGAAAGCGCUUGUGACAAUGUCUGGGAGAGGAAAGGGCGGUGGGAAAGGUCGCGCCAAGGCGAAGUCUCGGUCGUCCCGGGCUGGCCUGCAGUUCCCGGUGGGCCGUGUUCACAGGCUCCUGAGAAAGGGUAACUAUGCUGAGCGUGUGGGUGCCGGAGCGCCGGUCUAUCUGGCUGCGGUGCUGGAGUAUCUGACGGCUGAAAUCCUGGAGCUGGCCGGCAACGCGGCCCGGGACAACAAGAAGACCCGCAUCAUCCCCAGGCACCUGCAGCUGGCCGUGCGCAACGACGAGGAGCUCAACAAGCUGCUGGGAGGGGUGACCAUCGCUCAGGGCGGGGUGCUGCCUAAUAUCCAGGCCGUGCUGCUGCCCAAGAAAACCGCCGCUGCUGGAUCUGCUAAAAAGUGAAGAUAGUGUUCUUGAAUCUGACAACCCAAAGGCUCUUUUAAGGGCCACUCACAGCAUCUGUGAAAGGAGCUAAACUCUGUCGGAUUGAUUAUUUCCCUUUUAAUGUGGAGAACCUUUGUACCGGACAUCAAUGAAUUCCACGCUCCAUUUAACUGGAUACUGUUGCUGUCGGUUAUCAGGAAGAAUUUAUCAUACAAUUGCAUUUUGAGUGUCCUGAACUACAGGAUUUCUUAUUGAAUGGUCACUGCCUGAGUGACCAUUCAGUUAUAGACUGGCGGCACGAACGUCCGCGAUCGGGUUUGACCUCACAUUAGAUUCUCAUUUCUUUUAAGUGCAGUAGGAAGAGCUGGGUUGACCCAGUGCAGUAACGGGUCAGUCGCUGCAGAAUACAGUAAGAAACAAUCCCUGACUCUCUGCGCUUUAUUCUCUCUCGGUUCAUAUUCAGUCUUUUAUCCCCUGCCUCUGGGGAGAGAGAGAGAGAAAACAGAUUGAACACCAGUGAGGCAUUUUCAGCUGUAAAGGCGUGAAUGGGGUGAAGUGAAAUUGUCUGAACUUUAAUUUCGUAAUCGAAAAAGCAAUCAACGUGUACGUGCUCAUUUAUUCUCCUCUGUAAAACUUGCUGCAGGCACAAGAAUAAGUUUUUGAGAAACAUCGACCAGGAUCGAAUGGCAGAAUAAACUGGAUGGGCAGAAUGGCCAAAUGUUUCUGCAUCUCAAAAGUGACGAAGCGAUUCUUUACAUGGAAUAACCAGAUUACAGUACAGUCUCGGUUGACCAAAUCGACACUCUAG